UUUGGGUAACGCUGGAGUAAUGAUAUUAAUCAGACUCUCUCUCUCUCUCUCUCUCUCUCUCCUCUAUUUAUUUCAUUCUCAAAAACACACACUAACACAUACUUUGUGUAACACAAAAAACUAGGAAGCAAGCUCAUCCUGCUUCUUCUUCUUCUGGUCCUAGAAGUCCAUGGUCAUGGCCAAAAGAAAGAUGUUUGUUUCCAUGGUCUUUGUUUUGCUUCUUGUGCAAGUGGGUGCUUCACAUGAAGUUAUAGAAGAAGAAGCUGACCGAAUUUCGGCUCUUCCGGGACAGCCCAAGGUCUCCUUUCAGCAGUUUUCCGGCUACGUCACUGUUAAUGAAAUGGCGGGAAGAGCCCUAUUUUACUGGCUCACUGAGGCUGCUCAUGACCCCUUGUCAAAACCUUUGGUUGUCUGGCUUAAUGGAGGUCCAGGAUGCUCUUCAGUGGCAUAUGGUGCAUCUGAGGAAAUAGGACCAUUCAGGAUAAACAAGACAGCCUCUGGCUUAUACCUCAACAAAUUCUCAUGGAACACUCUGGCUAACCUACUCUUCCUUGAAACUCCGGCCGGUGUAGGCUUCUCUUACAGUAACAGAUCAUCGGAUCUCCUUGACACGGGCGAUCGUCGCACCGCUGAGGACUCACUACAGUUCCUAAUCCGAUGGAUGGAUCGAUUCCCACGUUACAAAAACCGGGAAGUUUAUAUAACCGGAGAGAGCUACGCCGGUCAUUAUGUGCCACAAUUAGCUAGAGAAAUAAUGAGCUACAACACCAAGUCCAAGCACCAAAUAAAUCUCAAAGGAUUUAUGGUUGGGAAUGCAGUGACAGACAAUUACUAUGACAAUCUGGGAACAGUGACAUAUUGGUGGAGCCAUGCCAUGAUCUCCGACCGGACUUACCGGCAACUGAUCAAUACGUGUGAUUUCCGGAGGCAGAAGGAGUCGAACGAGUGUGAAUCCAUGUACAGUUAUGCCAUGGAUCAAGAAUUCGGAAACAUUGAUCAGUACAACAUAUAUGCACCCCCUUGCAACAAUUCUGAUGGUAGCAGGGCCACCCACCAGACCAUGCAUUUGCCUCACAGACCCCACCAGACAUUUAGGCAGAUAUCUGGAUAUGAUCCUUGUACGGAAAAAUAUGCUGAAGUUUACUACAAUAGGCCAGAUGUGCAGAGAGCCCUCCAUGCCAACAUAACAAAAAUUCCUUAUAAAUGGACUGCGUGCAGUGAAAUUUUAAAUCGGAAUUGGAACGACACGGAUGUAUCGGUUCUUCCAAUAUAUAGGGAAAUGAUAGACGCUGGUUUGAGAAUUUGGGUUUUCAGCGGUGACGUCGACUCCGUAGUGCCAGUUACGGCCACAAGGUAUUCCCUUGCACAACUGAAGUUAUCAACCAAAAUUCCAUGGUACCCAUGGUAUGUUAAGAAACAGGUGGGAGGGUGGACAGAGGUAUACAAAGGGAUAACAUUUGCAACAGUGAGAGGGGCAGGUCAUGAAGUACCACUUUUCAAACCAAGAGCAGCACUUCAGCUUCUCAAAUCAUUUUUGAAAGGAGAGCCUCUUCCAAAGUCUUGAAUGCCAUAAAUAUAUCUCCUUUGGAACACGAAGUGUUCUUCUGUAUUCCAAGUCAAAAUCAUAGUCAAUUGUUAAUUGUUAGUGAGAGAGUUCUGAUCUGAUAGAAGAAGAAGGAACAUGUGGAAUGGAGUUCCUUUUCUUAUUCUUAAUUAUAUCAAAUAUGUUCCUAUUAAUUUGAGGUGGGAUGUAAGGAAAACAAUGGUGUGGUCUAUUUGGUUAAUUUUGGAAUGAUAGCUAUUUUGAUUAUUUUAAUGUUUACAAAUUAAAUUUCAUUAUGCGAUAAAAGUUUACAAAUUGCGGUGCCUUGUCUUUAUUCAACAUCGAUUACAUGCACUUGUGUUAUUCACUUUUAACAAACAACUAGAAAGAAAAAAAAAAUGUUGUGAAAAUUAAAUGAAGAAAAGAAGAAAAAAAAAAAUUCCGGAUCACUUAUAUUUAUGUAAUUCAUUAAAAACUAUGAUGAAAAACACGAAAUUACAAAAUUUAAAAUGGUAACCGCCCUUAUUAUCUUUUUUCAAGUUUAAUAUAUGAAUAGCAUUGAUCAAUUUAUAUUAAUUUUAUCUGAACUCGUUAUACCAUAACUACCCAUUAUGAUAUAUAGUGUGUGGGUCAUAAUAUAUUGAUGUGGCUUUGUGAAGGUGGGAGGGUGGACAGAGGUAUACAAAGGGAUAACAUUUGCAACAGUGAGGGGCAGGUCAUGAAGUACCACUUUUCAAACCAAGAGCAGCACUUCAGCUUCUCAAAUCAUUUUUGAAAGGAGAGCCUCUUCCAAAGUCUUGAAUGCCAUAAAUAUAUCUCCUUUUAAACACGAAGUGUUCUUCUGUAUUCCAAGUCAAAAGCAAAGUCAAUUGUUAAUUGUUAGUGAGAGAGUUCUGAUCUGAUAGAAGAAGAAGGAACAUGUGGAAUGGAGUUCCUUUUCUUAUUCUUAAUUAUAUCAAAUAUGUUCCUAUUAAUUUGAGGUGGGAUGUAAGGAAAACAAUGGUGUGGUCUAUUUGGUUAAUUUUGGAAUGAUAGCUAUUUUGAUUA